CAGGCCACGUACAGCGGGAUCCCCGUGUACGAGAUGAUGUGCAAGGGCGUCGCGGUGAUGCGACGGCGGGCCGACUCUUGGCUCAACGCGACACAGAUCCUCAAGGUGGCCGGCUUCGAUAAGCCCCAGCGCACGAGGGUCCUCGAGCGCGAGGUGCAGAAGGGUGAGCACGAGAAGGUGCAGGGCGGGUACGGGAAAUACCAAGGCGAGUCUCUCCGCAGCACUUGGAUCCCUCUAGAGAGAGGACUGCUGCUCGCCAAGCAGUACAACUGCGACCAUGCGCUCCGCCCUCUCAUCGAGUUCCAACCCGCCGCGAAGAGCCCCCCUCUAGCUCCGAAACACCUGGUGGCCGCGGGCUCCGGCCGGCCUGCGCGGCGCAAGCCCGUUCCCGAGGUUGAAGAAGACUCUGUAAUAGAUCAUGCGUCCAUCCGUGGGUCCGAAGACGGGUCCAUGACGCCUUCGCCGUCGGAGGUCUCGUCGAGCUCGCGCACCCCCUCCCCCAUCUUGAGCAGUCCUGAGCCGCCUCUCUUUGGAUUCAACGGUAUUGAUGGUGGCCACAACUCGCCGUCGCCUCCUGGUCGAAAACGCAAGCGGCGCGGCCAGGAUCUCGAUGACGGUUCUGACGCGGAGCCCUCCACGAGAGUGAACGGGAUGGGCGCCGCAAAAUCUUACGGAGACCAGAUACUGGAAUAUUUUAUCUCUGACUCUAAUCAACUCCCGGACAUACUCAUCAAUCCGCCGGCUGACAUGGACCCGAACAUGGCCAUUGACGACGACGGACACACCGCGCUUCAUUGGGCCUGCGCCAUGGGUCGCAUUCGCAUCGUCAAGUUCCUUCUCUCGGCCGGCGCGGACAUCUUCAAAGUGAACAAAUCCGGACAGACGGCGCUCAUGCGGAGCGUCAUGUUCGCGAACAACUAUGACGUGCGAAAGUUUCCCGAGCUUUAUGAGCUUCUUCACCGAUCGACGCUUAACAUCGACAACUAUAACCGAACGGUUUUUCAUCACAUCGUGGACGUAGCGAUGUCAAAGGGCAAGACGCACGCCGCGCGGUAUUAUAUGGAGACCGUUCUCAACCGCCUGUCGGACUAUCCACGAGAGCUGGCAGAUAUCAUCAACUUUCAGGACGAGGACGGCGAGAGCGCGCUCACGAUGGCGGCGCGGUGUCGGAGCAAGCGACUCGUCAAGAUCCUGAUCGACCACGGCGCAGACCCCAAGGUCACCAACCGGGACGGCAAAAGCACAGAAGACUACAUCUUAGAGGACGAGCGCUUCCGCUCAUCGCCCGUGCUCCCCUCUCGUGCCGCGUCCAUGUCGUUCCGGAAUGCGCAAGCAGCCUAUCCGCCGCCACAGGUGCCGCCGACAUACUCCUUCGCGCCGGCGAACGGCGACAAACCGCCGCUCCAUUACUCUGUGGCUGGCCAGAAGGCCAGCACGCGUUGCGUUACUGACAUGGCCACAAUGCUGGACACCCUUGCUGCGGCGUUCGACAAGGAGCUCCGCGACAAGGAGCGGGACAUGAACCAGGCCCAUGCGCUGCUCAGCAACAUCCAGACGGAGAUCCUAGAGAGCCAGCGGGCGGUCACACAGCUCAAGGAUCAGGCGCAAGGGCUCUCAGAAUCAAAACAGAUGCUGCACGAUCUGGAAGAGGACCUGACUCUCAAGAUGGGCAAGCGAUACCGCCUAGGAUGGGAAAAGUGGGUCAAGGACGAGGAGGAGCGAGAAAAGGCCAUUCGAAAGGCGGCGAACGGGGAGCUCGCGAUCAUUCCCGGGGUCCCUAUUUAUCCUGAGGAGGAGGAUGCCGCUGAGGAUGAGAGCAUGGAGGUUGCAGAAGGUCGCGGAGUCAAGCGGAAAGAACCAACUCAAGAAGAGGUGUCGGACCUACUCGAGCUACACUCGCAAAUUCCGACCGACCCCGAAGGGCUGCGACAGGCGUGCGAGGCGCUGAGAGAGGACCUGGGGAGGCACAAAAAGCGGAGAAAAGACGUGUUCGACGAGUACGUCGCGUUUCAGGCGGAGGCGGGAACAAGUGGCAAGAUGAACGAGUACAGGAGGCUGAUUGCUGCUGGGUGCGGGGGGAUCCCGCCGUCGGAGGUGGACGGGGUGUUGACCAUGCUACUGGAGUCAUUAGAAUCCGAAGAGCCCAGCGCUUCGUCUGUUGGUUGGAGUAGUGCAACGCAGCCUCCGAAACCUGUCCCUGCGGGAUAA